GCCAUUUAAAUGUUUUAAAAGUCGUGUGUUUCCCGUGUUUAUCACAACUGUGGAAUAAGUGAAAAGAGAAGUAGCAGCACGCCUGUUCGUGUGUCUUCGUCUUUUGUAAGUUAACCUUUAGUAAGCAUCAUGGGAUCCAGCGAGAGCAAGAUUGCUGCAUCUGCAUCAGUGAAACCAGAACCACCCCUCAAAAACAAGAUUUUACAUCUGGACCCACGCUCCCCUUCAACAGGAAUUGAUCGUACACCCAUUCAGGUUUUUGGCCCUGUGCCUAAAGCUGUUGCUGAAGUUAAAAAUGAAUGUCCGCUUUCAUUCACGGAUCCCCGUUCACCUUCUGUUGGCAUUUCGCGGACCCCUGUGAGAGAUGUCAUGAGAGUGACAGUUGGAUCCUUUGCUCGCCGUCUGGGCAUGCUUUUCCAUAAUGAGACUGAAGGUAUAGCUCCUGAGGCCCCUCAGAAAUGCUUCAGUGACUCUGUGGAGGAGGAGGAGGUUGAGAGUGAAGAGCUUGCUUCCACUGAGCCUCUCUUGACCCUAAAGCCCUCUUUCAUCUUCAGCUCCCUGGCUGAACAUGCUAAUCUUCUCGCCACCCCUGAAAGGCCCACUCUCCAAAGUACUGAUGUGUCCAGCCCCUUUGUGCAUCUUGAUGAUCCACAGGUGGAGGUAGAGGUUGAAACUGAGGCAGACUUUAGCCUGGAGGAGGCUGAAGAAGCAAGAGAGUCUCCUCUUAACAAGAGAUUGAGCAUGAGCCUGAUAACAUGCCAUGAGGGAGCAACCUCAUCCCAGAUCUUUGCUGAGGUGCACCGCGAUGGGGCCUCACCUCCGGUGCAAAGUGAGGAAGUUGAGCCAUUCAGGGAUGGCGUGGAUCAUUCAUAUGCUCUCCCUACUAUUGCUGUUGAUUCUCCUGUUGAGCCUUCCCUUCCCACUGGUGCACAAGAUUCCCCAGCCCCUGUACUGUCAGAGCAACAAGCAGAGCAACCACCAUCUUCAGUGGAGACAAAAGAAAUUCUUAAAGAAUCAACUUCGUCAGAACCACCAACUGUUACCAACCCAGAACAGCCACAGCUCUGUACCGGCAUCCGCUGCCCCACCUUUGACUCAAAGAGCCCAAGUCAGGCUGUGUUCAAGCCGCAGUGGUUGGGAAAAGGUUUCGGAGCCCCUGGGCUGAGAUCUAGAGGAGCACAGGGUGGAAAAAGUGUCUCUUCACCUCUUGCUGUCCGUGUUGCCAUGAAAAAUGCAACCAAUGAAAACAAGAGGCAGUCUGGAAAACUGAAGCAGAACGGUAUCGAAGGCCGUUCCCCACUUCAGACCCUUAAAAAGACCAACUCACCCAGGGAUCAACAUCCACAGAUGAAGCUGAAGGUGUCCACCCCAGAUAAGCAGAGGCUCGGACAGGUGGACCACAGAGUGCUGGCGGUGUGUUUGGAUAAGGAGAACCGAUGAUUCACUGUUCAGCAUUCUGCCACUUUUGUUUUUUAUCUUUUAAUUACACAGGCUUUUAUGUGUACAGCAUCUGAAACGGUGUGCUCUGUAUAUAUUACUUUAACUUCCACUUUGGACAGUUGUCUAUCCUGUUUGUCUCUUGUAAAUAAAAAUAAAAUUAUUUC